AUGGCUUCCGUACUUAACUCUGCUUUGUCCUUGAAUUUAUCGAAUUUUAAAAGUAAACGAGUUCGAAAUCACUCAUUCGUCUCUCCUGUUUCUCUUUCUCUCACAAGGAGGAGAGUUACAGUUAGAGCAGCAGAGACGGAUGCAAAUGAAGUGAAACCUCAGCCACCAGAUAAGGCGCCGGCUAGUGGUGGUGCUGGUGGUUCCAGCUUUAACCAGCUUCUUGGCAUCAAAGGAGCUGCUCAAGAAACUAAUAAAUGGAAGAUACGUCUUCAACUUACAAAACCUGUUACUUGGCCUCCGUUGGUUUGGGGAGUAGUUUGUGGAGCUGCUGCUUCAGGAAACUUUAAUUGGACUUUGGAGGAUGUUGCUAAAUCAAUUGUUUGCAUGCUUAUGUCUGGCCCAUUUCUUACUGGCUACACACAGACGCUUAAUGAUUACUAUGACCGAGAGAUUGAUGCAAUUAAUGAACCUUAUCGUCCAAUUCCAUCAGGGGCUAUUUCUGAGAAUGAGGUUAUUACUCAAAUCUGGGUGCUGCUACUGGGAGGCCUUGGCUUGGCUGGUUUAUUGGAUGUGUGGGCAGGACAUGACUUUCCAAUAGUUUUUUACCUUGCUUUGGGUGGAUCCUUACUGUCAUACAUAUACUCCGCUCCUCCUUUAAAGCUAAAACAAAAUGGAUGGCUUGGAAAUUUCGCCCUUGGAGCAAGUUAUAUCAGUUUGCCAUGGUGGGCUGGUCAAGCUUUGUUUGGGACCCUUACACCUGACAUCAUUGUCCUAACACUCUUGUACAGCAUAGCUGGGCUAGGUAUUGCUAUUGUAAAUGACUUUAAAAGUAUCGAAGGAGAUCGGGCACUUGGACUUCAGUCACUACCAGUAGCUUUUGGUGCUGAAACUGCUAAAUGGAUUUGUGUUGGUGCUAUUGAUGUUACUCAGUUGUCUGUAGCUGGUUAUUUGCUAGGAGCUGGUAAACCUUUUUAUGCUUUAGCCCUAGUCGGCUUGAUAAUUCCACAAGUUGUUUUCCAGUUUCAGUAUUUCCUGAAGGACCCCGUGAAGUAUGAUGUUAAAUAUCAGGCUAGCGCGCAACCUUUUCUCGUGCUUGGUUUGUUGGUGACUGCUCUGGCAACUAGCCACUAA